CUGCGGCCACGAUUCUGAAUUCUGAUAGGGGGAAAAGGUUUUAAGGAUGUGAGCUGCACUCAGGCAGUCCUUGAGAUUAUGCUGUACCUUUUAGUAAUUUUUUUUGGGUUUGACAAGCACGUUGUUGUUGUUUUUGUUGAGUGGACACCCACUUUCUUCUCACGGGUCAAGCUUCUUCAUUCUCCAUUCCUGGGAAAAAGUUGUGAUCUUUGUCCUAUCUUUUGUUAUUCUCUACUAGUAGGGAAUCCCUACUAGAAGUAGUAGUUGGCUUGAGCCAAUCGCUAAUUUGAGGACAAUAUCUAUGUUUUGAUCUAUGGAUAACCAUGUCGAUUCAAGAUUGAGCUUGCCUUUUUGUGACACUAAAUAGUAAUGAUCAUCACCACUGUCAUUCCAGGUCGCCUUUUUUUUUGUGACACUAAAUAGUAAUGAGCAUCAAAAGGAUACCCUUUUAGAUACUUUUUCUUAGCACAUCCAAUCUCUCAUAUCAUCCACUGAAUCAGAUAGUGAGUGGCGUGAAGAUUUUAAUGUCAAGGGAACUGAGCCACCUGAGAUUGUUCAGCCUACUAUGCACGUUAGCACCAUCUAUGUUUGCUCUGUCAUGAAUUUGUGAUUAGAUUUGGUGGUGGGCCUGAUUUUCGUUGUGGUAAGGUACAUGUUUUAACACUAAGACAGUACCACUAUAAAUGUGCUAAUAAUUGAUAACCAACCCUGCCCCGAAGAAAAGUACGACCAAGCCAUCUGUUUAUUGUAACUAAUAGUUAGUUGUUAAUAAGUGUAUAAUCCUAGCCACUCAUCUAACAUUACGUGAUAUGCACCCAAGAACUUUCUGUUGGGCCCAAUAAAUUUAAUGAACUCGGUGUUUCUUUACAAGAGAGUUUUUCUAGGGCAACUGUAACAAUCAGAAUCACGAAGGAGAUUUUUCUACAAGUAAUUAAUUGUUUGAACUGUAUCUACAACUUACAAGAUGCAGUAAUAAUAAAUAAUUCCCCUCGUAUUGGAGCUCUCCAAUUUGUGCUAUGCUAUCAGUUCAUAUCAAGGAACAGAACUUUCUGGCUAUCUACCUUCAGUUCAUACUUCUGAUAGCAUGGUGCUCUAUUCUAAUUAUAUGAGUGUUCAAAUGGAAAUAAGAUGUUUUAUGUCGAGGACUGCUGAGAAAUUUGAGACAUGUUGUCAUCUCCGAACAAAAUUUUACGUUUGCGCAAUCUCUGGUGCCACACAUUGAGUAGUCAGCAAUGAUUAUCAUUUCGUUUUAGUUGGAUGCAGAGGAUUCUGAAAUAAAACAAAGAAGAUACUUGGUUUCUCUGUAUCUCUCAUCCUCAUCAAUCUGGCUUCAAUUAUGGAGCGUGCUGAUGAGAAUCUCCUUCCAGCAGUUUACAAGGAAGUCAGUGCAGCCUUCAAUGCUGGUCCUACUGAUCUGGGAUACCUCACCUUUGCAAUGAACUUUCUGAAGUCAAUAGCAUCUCCCUUGGCAGGUAUCCUUGCUCUGCACUAUGAUCGGCCAACAGUGCUUGCAAUAGGGACUGUUUUCUGGGCCUUAUCAACGGCGGCUGUCGGUGUUAGCCAACAUUUUGGGCAGGUUGCAUUCUGGAGAGCUGUAAAUGGCCUUGGGCUUGCCAUUGUAAUACCAGCGCUUCAGUCGUUCAUUGCUGAUAGCUAUAAAGAUGGUACACGUGGUGCAGGAUUCGGUUUGUUAAGCCUCAUUGGUGCUGUAGGUGGUAUAGGUGGUAGUAUUUUGGCAACAAUCAUGGCUGGAAAGGACUAUUGGGGAUUCCCUGGAUGGCGUGUUGCAUUCAUGAUGGUCGCACUAGUCAGCUUGAUAAUUGGAAUUCUUGUGUACUUAUAUGCAACUGAUCCAAGAAGAAUACCUGGCAAUCGCCUUCUUGAUGAAGAUGACUAUGAGAGGUUGCAUUUAUCAAGCAAAGAUGUUCUUCCUCCACCUUCUAUCUGGAGGGAUUCUUGGGUGGCAACAAGAUCUGUUAUGAAAGUGAAGACAUUUCAGAUCAUUGUCCUGCAAGGGAUCAUUGGCUCAUUGCCAUGGACUGCUAUAGUUUUCUUCACAAUGUGGUUUGAACUCAUUGGUUUUGACAACAAAAGCUCGGCAGCACUGAACAGCCUCUUCGCCAUCGGGUGUGCCAGCGGAGCAUUUCUUGGCGGAGUGAUAGCAGACCACCUGUCAAAGUACUUUCCAGAUUCGGCACGUGUCAUGUGCGCCCAGUUCAGUGCCUUCAUGGGCAUCCCGUUCUCUUGGAUCCUCCUCACAGUCAUCCCCCAGUCAGUUGACUACUGGUAUGCCUUCGCCGUCACACUUUUCUUCAUGGGCAUCACGAUAAGCUGGUGCGCCACCUCGGCAAACAACCCCAUGUUUGCUGAGGUGGUCCCUCCCAAGCACCGCACCAUGAUCUACGCCUUCGACCGUGCGUUCGAGGGCUCAUUCGCCUCGCUGGCUGCCCCCGCAGUGGGCCUAGUCACCGAGAAGAUUUAUGGCUAUGAUACCAAGACUGUGAACCUUGCGAACGGAUCAGCAGAAGGGGCGUACGCACUCUCAAGAGGGCUGCUGACCAUGAUGACCGUGCCUUUCGGUGUUUGUGUCCUGUUCUACAGCCCACUGUACCUUGUGUUCAAGCACGACAGAGAGAACGCGAAACUCACCAGCUUCAAGGAGCAGGAGCUAGUGUGAUGAUAUGAAUGCGCUGCCUUGAUCAGCAUUCGGAACCUCUCGGCAUCCCGAGCAGGAGCUUGUGUGAUGAUCUGAAGAUACUGCCUUGAUCAGCAUUCAGAACAUCUGGUCAUACCGUCCUGGGUCAUUCUGAGUUUCUGAUUGAGAUUCUGGCAAUUGUGCCACGGAGAGAAGUGUGGAGCAACAAUUGUUCUGGCCGAUUUGAAGAUUAUAAGGCGACCUUCUUUUUUUGUGCCCAUCCAACAAGCCAUUUUUCUAUGGCUUCUCUUGGUGAUGAGUGAUUUGUGUUGUGGAGGUUUUUUUUUUACAGAGAACCCCAGAGAAGGCAUAUGACAUGACCUGAAGCCCUGAACUAUGCUGAAUUGCUGAUGUUACAUGUAGUUGCCUUGGUAGUUAAACAGAUCACUAAUAAUGUUUCACUGAUCGCUGGGAUCAGCUCGUUUUCAGUUAUCUUUCUGGGGUUUUUUUAAGAAACUCUGGAAAUUUUGUAUCAGUUGAUUAUGAAAGAAGUUCUAGCAGUUUGGUUUCAUCAAUUAAAA